AUGAUCACUUUUCACAUGACCGAUGGUCUAUCGUCAUCGCCCAUUUUCUGUCGUUUUAUGACAAUUCUGGACUAAAAACUUGCUUUUAGUCCGCAAACGUCCACUAGCUUUAGUAAUAAGCCUUCAAAAUGGCGUUUAGCUUAGUGUUCACGUUGUUAGCCCUUAGCGCGGUAAGUUACGCGACCAAUGUGCCAGUGUACCUAUGGGGUGAUCUGGCCAAGACUUCGCUAAAAGCCAGCCCCCUAUACACCGUGGAACCCGAAGAAUUCAGUGGUAUUCUGAACGAGGAGCUGUCCAGGGACCCUUUCACAGUGAUAUUCAUCGAAGAAACGUUGUCUGUUGAAGAUUUUUCACGUAAAAACGCCGAAGGUAAAACGUCGUUCCCUUUCCUGAGGGACAACAUUCGUAACUCAGCUUAUUUGCCGUCGGUGCAAAACGCGCUGGGCGCGCUGAACAAGCUAGCCGAUCCCGAGAAAGUGAAUCACGUGAAGCUUACCGAAAAUGGUCUGUCAGCUGAAAUUGAGCCAGAAAGUGGCAAGUUCUUGUUUAUCAACCUUAAGGACGCUAAAGAGGGAGAAUCACGCUUCGAUCUGCUGCGCCGUCACAACGACUUCAUGGAAGAAAUGUUUAGCAAGCUUCAGGAGCGUUAUCAGACAGUAGUGGCGAUUUACACCGCUCACUUCCCCUCGUGGACCGUGAGCCAUUCUCGCGUCCGUCGCCAGGCUCAAAAUAACGAGACCCAGAGUGAUAACACUACUUUGAUGGUCGAAGGGCUGCUCCUGGCCUACAAAAGUGUCAGACUGAUUGAUGAUAAUGCUGAGACCGUGUUGACAGCCAUAACUGGGUCUUCCGUUGUUGAUGCUAAUGCUACGGCAUCUACACAGAACUCCACCCUCACUUCUGGAGAGAACAACAUUGUUCUCUACUUCACACAGGAGCCAGGAUAUUGGGUUUUGCAAAGAGCCUCCUGGUCUAACAGCACAGACUCCAAGGACCUGACAGCUAGCCAGGACCUGACGGUGCCGCUGGGCUUCAGCUACCGUUGCGCGCAGAAUGUGUCCUUCACUCACGUCAACGACUCCAAGCAUUUCACCUUGACCUUUAGCGAUUUGAAGAUCCAACCAUUCUUCAUUAACAACUCCACCGGCCUGGAGUUCGGGGACUCGCUCAACUGUGUCGGUUUCUUCACCGCUCCCAUCUGGGCCUCCCUCUUCGUCACCUUCAUUCUCCUGUUCAUCAUGUUCUUCGGUAUCAUGAUGAUGAUGGACAUCCGCACCAUGGACCGCUUUGACGACCCCAAGGGCAAGACCAUCACCAUCAAUGCUGCUGAGUAAGUUUCUGAGCGGGUUUGAGACAAUUAUACAUAAGCUACUCCAAUGUUCUUUAUAUAGGACAUCCUUUUUUUAAGCUCUUUGUCCCUUUAGGAUUUUUCAUAACAUUUUUGUAAUUUGUACAGGACAUAUUUAUUAUAUAGCAUAUUUAUAGUUUGUUAAGAAUUAAUUAUUGUUUAUUAAAGUUUGUUUUUCAGUUUGUUUAUCAAACAGCAUUUUUUAAAUAUUUAAUAUUAUAAGUUUUACAUUGUGAUUUUCAAUCGGCCUAACGAAUAAAAUCUAUUAAUGUAAUUGUCUUAAACCCCUAGCGUAAGCCUAUUAAAAACAUAAGUAUAGAACCUCUAUAGAGCUCAAAAUAUUUCCAACUAUUUAUUAUAACUCGUUAAAAACGGCUGGAUUCAUGCGAUUUAAGCCUUUAUGACAAAAGGAAUACGAUCGAAAUGCAUUAUACUCGCUGAAGUUAGCCUGUGUUCCUAGUAAUAUACGGAUAUAUAUGAAAAUUGGUGCCUCUAUUCACAAUACUAGUGUUUAACAUAUUUCUAAUGCUUUUAAAUUCGAUUGAAUAUAUCGUUCAGUAAUGCUUAAAUUAUUUAAAAUAUAUAUAAUGCUUAUGUUCGGUAUAGCUUGUUAUAUCUAUGAAAUACGUUGUAAAUACAAGAAUGUACAGAUGCGUCACUCAGGUCGUAAGAUCUGUCAAGGUCAGACACCUCAGUCGGUGUAAAAAGUAUGCAAUUAUGUGCCCUAUGUCAACCUAUUAAGAGUGUAUUUAGCAUAAAGUAUACUGUUUCAUGUUCCAUUUUAAAUAUUUUGUUAACCAGUAACUUAUAGAAUUAAAACCGAUCAUGUGCCUACGAUCUACAUAAUUGAAGUAGUUUAUAAAUGCAUGUUUAAAAGCAAAAAGCCUGUUUUCAUUUUCGACUCUAUUGAAUCGCGUUAAGGUUCAUUCCAUUUAUUAUUUGGGAUUUUUUGCUUUUAAACAUGGACGAGUAGAUUGUUAUGGCUUCUUAGAUAUAUUAGAAGGUGCGAAUAGGACAUUACAUACAAAGUUAAAGGACUGUUUUUAAUGUUAAGCUGAACACCGAAUAAAGUCAGUAGAACGUGUGAUAAUAUUAUUUGAAACAAAACAAUAUUAAUUUCAAGUUAGGUGUCCAUGGAUUAAAGCACAAGGUUCUUUAAGGCAUCCUCCAACGGCCAAAUCUUACGUACAAUCGCGAUCAGGUAUAUCGGAGCGGCCAAGCCGCUCAAAAAUAUCUAGACAUGCACGUUAACCUCUUUUUAAUACAGGCUUUGUUCAGAUAUUUGUGAACACUGACCGCUCUGAUACAUCUGAUGGCGGCUGUACCAAUGUGCGUUAGUAAAGACGCUUUAUUCUUGUGAAAAAAAUUAAAACCUGUAAACACUCAACAUUGUUAAAUAAUCUGUGUAGACUGAAGGCCUUAGUAUAUCAAGUCUGAUUAUUUGAACAAUGACUACAAUAAUUCUGAGCUUCUGAAGUAAAAACGAGUAAUGUGUCAUUAUCAAGCGAAAGGUCAACAGGGACCUUUUGCGUGACAUCGACACAAAUGGUUUGAAAAUUGUGUGCCCUCCAGUUUAGUGCCAAUGUCAUUCCAUAAUUAAAAAUGUGAAAUUAUUAAUCGUGUUGUUAAAGAGCUGUUCGCGACCCAACUGUUAGAAAAGGACGGGAUGUGUUAGACAAAGACAACACUACUAUCCUUUUACGACUUAAUUAUGAAUUUCAGCGAAUUUGUAGUUAAAUCGCGCGAUUGAAUCGUGCGUUUGUAUUCUCGCGAAUAAUCGCUGUAGUACCUAUGGUCGUAACAAUUGGGAAGCGAGUAGCAAGCUUUAGAAAUUUGUAAGGUCUUUAAAAUGUAGGUGUUGAGACACUUGAAAGAUAUUUUAAAGGUCUGUAGGGUAAGUGUAACUGCAAUCAAGUUUCGAUUCAUUUCUGUAAAUAAUUUCAGCUUUCUGUAUAAUUGUUUUGUUUUUUGAGAAGUAUUAAAUUGUGAGACCAA